CAGUGGGUGAAAGAGGCUUGGUGAAACUCCUGGGAGGGCCAGGUGCCUUUGAACCUGGCUCCAUCCACAGGGUACUUUGUGAAUGACCACGGAGGAAAAAAGUCUGCAUCAGGAGCAAGAAGCUGGAAAAUGAGGAUUUUCCUAGUUUGGACCGUUUACCCAGUUUGGACCCUUUUCCCAGUUUGGAGCCUUUUCCCAGGUGGCUGGGCAGUGACAGGUCCCAAGGAGGUGACAGCCAAACAGGGCAGCUCGCUGGAAGUGUCCUGCAGCUACAAGCCAGGCUACGAGCUCUACCCCAAGUACUGGUGCCGCCCGGGCUUUCUCUGGUUUUGCUUCACCUACAUCGCCCAAACCAACGGCUCCGAGGUGACUGUGACACAGGGCAGGGUGUCCAUCAGGGACAACCACACAUCACGCUCAUUCGUGGUGACACUGAGUGGUGUCACGACAGAGGACGCAGACUGGUACUCCUGCGGGGUGAAGAGAACACUGUGGUUCAACCUGCAGCACAGCAUGGAGGUGAUGGUCUCUCCAGGUAAAGCUGGACCAGGAGCAAAGCAGGGGCAUGGGAUUGAGCCCAUCACUUGGGUCACAGAGCUGGGGACAGGGCCUUCCCAGCCAGGAGAACAUAGGGCUGUUCCAACCACGACCAAGGCCAGUGACAUGUUGACCACCGAGCCGCUGGGCUCCACGGGCUGUGAGCAGCUGUCCCAGCUUGUGAUCACCCACCUGCUGCUCUUCCUCAGCGUGAAGGUGCCCGUGGUGCUGGCCCUGGCCUGUGGGGUUGUUGACCACCUGACGGAGGGGGAUGCGGGCACCGACCUCUGCGGGGUGCAAACGGGCAAAACCCAGAGUAACAACAAGUCUGUCAAAGUGAAGGUGAUCCUGUCCCCAGGUCAGUCCUCACGACUCCCCAUCUGCCCCACAAACCAGCAGUAA